CAAGGUCCUUCUCCCUGAACUCCUAUUAUUAUUAUAAAUAAUAAAAACAAAACAUUUGUGCACGUAACACUUUGUAAAAACGUCUCCGCACGGAUUCGCUCACGCUCUUACAAAGAUUUUUCUUCAUCUUGGUCUUCAUUCUCCAUCUUUCAUCUCCACAAAGCAACAAUCUUUCGAUCUCGAAACCCAUUUGCACGUCAACACAUCUCUCUCAAAACUUCACAAGAACGCGAUCAAAAUAAGUGCUAAUUGAUUCAAGCCAUGGGGUUUGAUAAAGAGGCAAGUUCAUCUUCACAUGGGUUGCCGCCUUUUCCCAGAGAAGAUACUCCACUUUUAGCCAAGGCAACUCCCCUUUCUUCACGAUCCAAGACCUUUGCGAACGUUUUUAUAGCCAUUGUUGGUGCUGGAGUUUUAGGCCUCCCGUACACUUUCAAAAAAACAGGAUGGAUCAUGGGCUCACUCAUGCUCUUUUCUGUUGCAGCUUUGACCUAUUACUGCAUGAUGCUCUUGGUUUUCACACGCCGGAAGCUUGAUACUGUCCAUGGCUUCUCUAAAAUUUCAUCUUUUGGUGAUCUCGGGUUUGUUGUGUGUGGUCCAAUUGGUCGUUUUGCUGUUGAUGCCAUGAUUGUCCUUGCACAAGCUGGGUUUUGUGUUAGUUACCUCAUAUUUAUUGCUAAUACUUUGGCUCAUUUAUUUAAUAAUUCAUAUGAUGAUGGUAAUAGUUCUGGUAAAAUUCUCGGUUUUUUUACCCCGAAAGCUUUAUAUAUAUGGGGUUGUUUUCCUUUUCAACUGGGGUUAAAUUCAAUUCCAACGUUGACCCAUUUGGCUCCACUGAGUAUCUUUGCUGAUGUGGUUGAUCUCGGAGCUAUGGGGGUUGUGAUGGUAGAGGAUGUCAUGAUUUUUCUCAAAAAGAUGCCUGCUUUAAAGGCUUUUGGCGAUUUUUCUGUGUUUGCAUAUGGUAUUGGUGUGGCAGUUUAUGCUUUUGAAGGUAUUGGCAUGAUAAUGCCACUGGAAUCCGAGACUAGAAACAAAGCAAGAUUUGGGAAAAUCCUAGGCUUAUGUAUGGCUUUCAUUUCACUGUUAUAUGGAGCAUUUGGUGCUUUGGGUUACUUUGCUUUUGGAGAAGACACCAAAGAUAUAAUCACCACCAAUCUUGGAGCAGGAUUAGUAAGCACUUUAGUGCAGCUGGGACUCUGCAUCAACCUGUUCUUCACAUUUCCCCUGAUGAUGAACCCAGUUUAUGAGGUGUUCGAGAGGCGGUUUUGUGAUUACAGAUACUGCAUGUGGCUGAGAUGGUUGCUAGUAUUGGUGGUGAGCCUGGUGGGUCUUCUGGUGCCAAAUUUUGCAGACUUUUUAUCACUGGUGGGGAGCAGUGUGUGCUGUGUGCUGGGCUUUGUGUUGCCCGCUUUGUUCCAUUGGGUGGUGUUCAAGGAAGAAUUGGGGUGGGGUGGCAAGGCUUUGGAUGCUGCCAUUGUGGGAUUUGGAGUGAUGAUUGGCAUCUCAGGAACCUACUCUUCACUAAUGGAGAUUUUUGCAUCCAAGGCUUGAGAGUUAGAAGUUGAGUUGAGUUGAGUUGAGGGUUCAGGAAAUAAAUUAAGUUUUGUUAGUAUUUGAUUAAAUUUGUUGUUUUUUGAAUUGUGUUGGUGUAUUAUUAUUGUAUGCAUAGCUGAGGUGUUCUGUUGAUUAUUAUUAUCAAAAACUAAUCAAUCAAUUACAGACCUCUUUCAUUUUA